AUGUCGCUUUCUCAAGCGUACCGCCGUACCAUCGCAUCCUUCCAUGCCGUGCAGGCCGAACGAGAACAGCGCUUGCGUUUUGCGAUCCUCGAGGCGCGCAACUAUGGAGCUGAUUUCAGUCUGUCUGAGACGGAGCGUGGAUUCGCCAAAGAGGCGCAAGAGCUAGACAAGUGGGCCGUCACAAAUGCUCAUGUGUCGGUUGAUGAGGCAAACAAAGCCUCUUCCAAGCGUGAAAAGCGCGCGAAGCGAGCUGACGACUCGUUCUUCGCGGGCGCUGCGUAUAUGGAUUCGGCCAAAUCCAUUAGUCAUGGACAGAGUGUGCCGGGCAUUUCGUCCGUGCAAGAGACCAGCACAUCAACAUCCACACCCGCACCAUCAACUCAAGAGACAGCGUCGUCAGACGAUUAUCUCGGGCUUGGCACUUCGUUUCGCUAG